CUGAUGUUACCUUCGGGCAAGCAAUCAAGAGAAGCUACGUGACCUGCUCCAAGGUCGAGUCACUUUUUAAGGUCUUUGCAAAGGCUUUGGGCUCGAUUCGCACAUUUUGCCCCUCUUCAUGUUUUCCCCACCUACCAGCAAAGACAGACCUCCUUCAUUCAUGAGCCCCUAGCUGCUUUAAUCCUUCUUCAUCACAUGAGAUUAUGCAAAUAAUUGUUUUGUUUUGGGACAUAUGGAUGCUCCUUAUCUCCCUGAUUCUUUACUGUUCACCUCGAGCUUCAACUUACGCAAGGUGCCAUUUUAACGAGACCAAUGUGCUGCGUGGAUCGUCUUCAGAAUCUCUGUCAAGCACUCUGAUACAAUAUUCUACUCGUCUCAAGAUCAUGAUUUUAACCCAUAGCCUACUUUGGGACAUGCAGAACCCUUCGCCUACGAAAAUCUGGCGAAAUUGACAAGAUGGCUGGUGGACGGCACAGGAACAUGCAAAUGAUUGGGAGUGCAAACAUCAAAACCUCAUAGAGAGUAGCGC